AUGGAAACGCUACUACAAACCCCCAACCCACCGGUAAACAUUCUCAACAGUUACGUUUCACAACAGCAGACCACUCUAAACGUUUACUGCCACGACAGAAUCUUCAAAAAAGUCACAGUUACGGAUAGUACCGGCCAGCCUGUAUUCCAAGUCGAGGGUACGAGUUUCGGUACAUCAUGGAGCUGGCGACGUAAGGUCCUAGACAGCUCUAAUACUCACAUAUUCGACUUCCGCCAUAAAAGCAUCGACAUUAAGAACGGCUGGAUUAUCGAGAAUCCGAAUGGCGAUAAGCUCUGUUCGCUUGUGCACAAGUCUCAGAUCACCAAUAGCCACUCAGCUAUUGACGCCACCGUACGCACCCAAGCAGGCGAAGAUGUCCUAGUAAUCAUGCGGCCCAAUGACCAUGCCGCGCUGACUACGACUAUCAGUGUUGAUAGUACCUCCAUUGCGACCAUACGCAAGGUUGAGGAUAACGACAUAGCUCCUUUAGGGACUCGGGACAGAAGUGUGUGGGAAGUACGAGUGGCUUCGGGGGUUGACCUAAGCUUAAUUAUGAUUUUGAUGCUUUGUCGCGCUGAGAUGGGACAUGUGUGGAGGCAGUAA